AUGGCGGACGGGGACAGCGGCAGCGAGCGCGGCGGCAGCGGCAGCGGCAGCGGGGGGGGCGGCGGCGGAGGCGGCGGCUUCGCGGCUCCCCGAGGCGGCGGCGGCGGAGGCGGCGGCGGCGGAGGCGGCGGGCCGGGCGCCGGGGCGGGCCCCGAGCAGGAGACGCAGGAGCUGGCGUCGAAGCGGCUGGACAUCCAGAACAAGCGCUUCUACCUGGACGUGAAGCAGAACGCCAAGGGCCGCUUCCUGAAGAUCGCCGAGGUGGGCGCCGGCGGGUCCAAGAGCCGCCUGACGCUGUCCAUGGCCGUGGCGGCGGAGUUCCGCGACUACCUGGGCGACUUCAUCGAGCACUACGCGCAGCUGGGGCCGUCCAGCCCCGAGCAGCUGGCGCAGGCCGCGGGGCCCGGCGGCGACGAGGGCGGGUCGGGGCCGCGCCGCGCUCUGAAGAGCGAAUUCCUGGUGCGGGAGAACCGCAAGUAUUACCUGGACCUGAAGGAGAACCAGCGCGGCCGCUUCCUGCGCAUCCGGCAGACCGUCAACCGCGGGCCCGGCGGCCCGGGAGGUUUCCCCGGCGGCCCCCCGGGGCUGCAGAGCGGGCAGACCAUCGCCCUGCCGGCCCAGGGCCUGAUCGAGUUCCGCGACGCGCUGGCGAAGCUGAUCGACGAUUACGGAGGGGAGGAGGACGAGCUGGGCGGCCCCGGAGGCGGCGGGCCGGGCGGGGGGGGCCUCUACGGGGAGCUGCCCGAGGGCACCUCCAUCACCGUGGACUCCAAGCGCUUCUUCUUCGACGUGGGCUGCAAUAAGUACGGCGUCUUCCUGCGGGUGAGCGAGGUGAAGCCGUCCUACCGCAACGCCAUCACCGUCCCUUACAAAGCCUGGGCCAAGUUCGGCGGGGCGUUCUGCCGCUACGCCGACGAGAUGCGCGACAUCCAGGAGCGCCAGCGGGACAAGCUGUACGACCGCCGCGCGGGGCCGCCCGGACCGGGCAGCGGCAGCGGCGCCGGCGACGAUUCGGACGGCGACGACGUGGACGACGACUGAGCCCCCCCCGAUCCCCCCCCAUCCAUCCAUUCAUCCAUCCGUCUGC